AUGAGGGUACUGCCAGGAGAGUGUGCCGCAACCAAAACGGUUCGUGUGUUCACCCAUCAACACCUAUUUUGCGGUCUCGGACUCUUCUUUUCGGGCGAUUUUAAAAUCGGAGAACGGAUUCGACAUCAUGAUUGCUAUCUGAUUUCAACCAUUUCGGGAACCCUGAAAGACCGAGACGGAUUCAGUCUGUCGGUUGAAGGACCGACACACCGAUACUGCCCAGCGAGUGGAGAUAGUGUGUUAGGCUGCAUAAUCGAUAUUCACGCAGACGGGUUCUCAAUGAGCACGGGCAGCUCGUCGCUGGCUGCACUUCCUCGUGUGCAAUUUUCUGUUGGCACGAAACAGAGUCGUCCAAAGUUGAAGAUCGGAGCCUUAGUCCACGCUCGUGUCCAAGGAGUCAACCACCUUGGAGAAGUGGCACUGACAUGUGUUGAAGAAAUGCACGAUGUUCGAGGACUAGGUGUGCUUACUGAAGGGUUUUUUCCGAGAUGCAACUCUAAGUUUGCGAGAAACAUGCAAAGUCGGUCUUUUGAAACGGUUCUUGGGAUACUUGGAAGUGCAGUUUCAUUUGAAAUCGCAACUGGUCACAAUGGGAGAGUGUGGAUCGCCACCUCGACCCGUCAACAAGCUAUUCUUAUUGUAAAGGCUCUGUCCGGUUGCUUUUAUCCGAGUGCAUCGUGUAUGGCAGCGCAUGAUUAUUCAUUGUGAACACUGAAAACGCGCGGUCGCGGCAUCAAUCAAAUACAGAUAGAAAGAUUACCGACAGCACUACUAGUACACAUUUGCUCUAUACCAUGAGAAAGGCAUACCUUUGAAGGUGAAAGAUGUGGAAACUUUUUCUACUCGCCAUAAAGUCUUUGAAGGUGAAAACAGUCAUCAAUGUCUCGUCAUCUCUUCGCAAGCUCCACGAGCCAAAAAUCAAAGACUGAUGCCCGCCAACGAAAGCGCAUCGCGCACCCAGGGGGGAACAUGUCCUUCAGGAAAACGGCGUCGGAUGAAGCGCCCCACAAAUUGUCCAAAUUGAUUGUCAACGAUUUCCAUCGCUCAUGGUCAAACCGGGAAAUUCAUUUUGAAACGCAACCGAGGAAAAACCUACUGAUGUGGUUGAGGCAUCGAUCACAUGCUUGCUCGUUGGAUAUGUCACCUGGUGCAUUUGCUCACAUAGUCUCAUCUGAUAGCGAAUGUUAUGGUAGGUCAGUAGACUCGCCGCGUUAGGCUCCUGCGUAUUUUGUUCGUGACAGGUGAAGUACAAGCCAUUCUGCGGAACAGUACCUUCGUAAUUUUUGCAUGUAGGUGCGCACGGCUGUAUUGCAUGCAUACCAUGCAAUCGCAUUCGCUGUCGAUGGGACGAUAGUCGGAUGCCAUCGCAGCUGUUUUCAGGCGAAGAACUCCCUGAAGCGAAUAUUAAGUUGUGGGCUAAAUUAGCUAACGAAUGGAAGAUGAUAUGUGGCAUGGCUAGUCCUACCUCAGGAAUCAGGGCAGUACCGAAUCUCGCCGUGCGAGACGGGUAUACGCAAUCAAACAUGUCGGCCCCAAGCGCAGAACAUACCGAAUAGUAGACACACACCACAACACGGGUUGAUUCUAAUUUUUGAACAGAUACGGUUUGAGUAUCGCGCAGCCGCAUUCCAUUCACUUCUAUGGUUAUGCUUCACCUCACCACGAGAUCAAGGGGAUAACCAACGCCCAUGACAUAUCUAGGUUUAUCAUCCGGCAACGAUGCAGUGCACUGCGCCACGACUCUACAGAACGCAUCCUUUUCUUCUCCCCCUGCAAGACCCCCAACUGCGUAUCCUGGAAGAUUAUCAUUUCGUGCUCUAAGGCCGGAAAUGAAGGUCCAUGCAAAAGAUGUUAUGUAUGUAAUUCUUGUUUACUUGGACAAGUUGAAAUCCAACAACGCACCCUCAACACACACAUCACGCAGCGUUUGAUCCAGCCCUCCCUGAAUAAUUCCAAACAGUGCUUGCUCAGAUGGUCGGCGAUGCGCCGCAACACAGCGGUCGAUCCAGCGAAGGGUUCGUUGAGUAGCUUCUUCAAAUCUGGAACUUUCAUGGUGUACAGAGCUAACGACGUCAUCGAGAGCCAUGAUAAUAUCGGCACCGAUACCAUUCUGAAUGUGAAUUGAUCGCUCAGGAGUGAGCAUCAUCUGUUGCCCAUCUAUAGGAGACUGAAAGGUUACCCCAUCUUCCUUUUUCGUGGGUCCCAGGUUAUCCCAUAAAAGAGUAUAUAU